GUUCAAAUAGUUCAAAUGCAAAGUGUAUUCAAAAUAUGGCAUUAUGUUGUGUGAGGGGCCCAACAGUGAUCCGCACACCAUCCGAGGAGAGCUCCACUAGAGGGGAGAGCACCACCCUCUGGACGGAGAUGCGUCAAUCAGUGCAGAGGAAUCACAGACAUUCCACCUGAGCUGGAUCCUAUUCUCCUGAGAGGCUCUGUAUCUGUCUGACCAGCAGUGGAGGACAGGUUGAGGGGGCAGCAGUGCACACAGAGCAGACACUUCCUCACUGCACUGGCACUCUGCCAGAAUGGAAGAAAUGUGAAGGCAAACAGGGGCCCCGGUGUACCAGGCUGCGUCCCCAGACAAAGAGGCCCUGGUGUGGGCAGGCAGGGAGCUGGGCUGGGUCUUCCUCUCCAGGACCAGGGACUCUCUAACAGUCAGUGAGCUGGGCCUCAAACGCCACUACCAGCUCCCUCACCCUGCUCGACUUCACCAGACAUGUCUGUACAGGUGCGGGAGCCAGAGGGAGGGCUGAAGUUAUACUGUAAAGGUGCUGACAUAGUGAUCUUGGAGAGACUACAAAAAGACUGUCCAUAUCUGGAGAGCACUGAGAAAGCUUUAGAUCUGCUGGGGGUGACGGCUACAGAGGACUGGCUGCAGAACGGGGUCCCUGAGAUCAUCUCCUUGCUCAGAGAGGCUGGACUCCAAGUCUGGGUGCUGACCGGGGACAAGAAAGAGACAGUGGUGAACAUAUGAUACUCCUGCAGACUUCUGGAACCUGAUACCAGACUAUUAGAAGGGGAGGAACUGAGGUCAUAUGUACACGCACACACACACACACUAUACUUUUCCAAUAUACUGUAUCUAUUAGUGUGUUUCCUGCCGCGGGCAGUCUUCUCCUGAUCCAGAGAGGACUUUCUCCAAGGGCAAAGAGACAUAACUAUGGCGUGUGGACAGAAAGAUGGCUGGAGAGAAAUCAGCAUUGGUCCUCACCGGCCCUGAACUGGUAAACAUAUGGAUAAGGACUAAUAGAGCGUGCCUUAAGACUACAAGACUGAAUAUCUUAUGGCUUAGUGAUGAUCCGUAUCGUUUCUUUGCUCCGAGUCUAGUAAACACUCUCUUUAUCUGAAGGCUGCCUUCUCUUGGUGUUUCUUCUCAAGAAGGCAUCACACAAAAGGCAGUGUCAUGUUGAUAGUGUUCAGGGAGAGUUUGACUCCAGGCCAGAGGGUGAGUGCCAGGUUCAUGUCCCUGGCAGGGCUGUGCCAGUCAGUGCUGUGUUGUCGUGUCACUCCGGGCCAGAAGGCUGAUGUGGUCAUGCUCAUUGGGAAACACAUCACCUCCAUCACUAUGGCGAUAGGCGAUGAUGCCAACAAUGUGAACCUGAUCAACGGUGAGUGUGAUGGACAGAGAAGUUGGCAGUGAAAUUAUGUCUGUUCAAAGGCAGGUUGUAUUUAACAUGUUUUCUCUCCCUCUCUCCCCCUCUCCCCCUUCUCCUUCCUCUACCGGCUCAUAUAGGGGUAGGUUUGGCUGGUGUAGAGGGGGGUCAGGCAGGGCAGAAUGCUGACUAUGCCCUGCCCCAGUUCAGCUUCCUAUAGAGACUCCUAUUGGUCCACAGAAGCUGGUCGUACCGCAGCAUCGCUGUCUUCCUGCGCUACUUCCUGUACAAUUCAAAUCAAACUUUAUUUGUCACCUGCGCCGAAUACAACCGUUAAAUGCGUACUUAUAAGCCCAUAACCAACAGUGCAGUUCAAGAAAGAGUUUAGAAAAUAUUGACCAAAUAAAACUUUUUUUUAGUUUUUAUAAAAAAAAUGUAAAUAACAAUAACGAGGCUAUAUACAGAGGGUACCGGUACCGAGUCAAUGUGCUGGGGUACAGGUUGUAGAGGUAAUGUAGGUAGAGGCUUUGCUCUGGUACACAUCUGGUUCAGCUUCUUCAAUGGCUUCAGUGUCCAGGUUAGAUGGUCCAACUGGUCACAUUGGUUUUGCAUCAUAAAUGGAACUGCAACCUUUUUUAACAGACCCCAAUGUUUUCUUCCAGUCUCUGUAUGAGAAUUGGUUCAUCGUCCUGUACAACGUCUUCUACACCGACAUGCCAGUAGAAUGCCUGGGCUUUUUUGAGCAGGAGAUGAGGGCAGUCGGAGCUCCAUAAGGUUGGCCAGUGACAGGAGCUGUCCAACCCCUGGCUGCUGACUGCCACCCUGUUCUAUGCCCUCUACACCUCCCUGGUCCUCUUCUUCGUGCCCCUGGGGGUUUUCUAGAACUCUGCUCUGGACUACCAGACCAUGGCCGUUACCGUCACCUUAGCAUCAGUGUUCUCUGCCACCAUUGUGGUUAGAAUUCAUGGAAUGGACGUCAACAGAGAUUAUUCUCCUGACCAGACACGGGACUGUGGAGUGUGGCUGCGUAGAGCUCUCUCUCUGUCUCUCUCUCUCUCUCUUGCUCUCUUGCUUCUCCAUAUUUUUGGAAGAAAUGAAUU